AUGGGCAAUGAAAACCAUCAUCAGCAUCAGUUCCACUAUCACAAAAGCACAUUCCUUCCAAUGCUUUGUUCAAAGCCAUCCAUCAAAGAAGUGACUCUUCCUCAGUGGACAGAGCAUCAUCCAGUGUCCUCUAACAACGACCCUUUGUCCCCAAGAAUCAGUUGCAUGGGUCAAGUGAAGAGAAACAACAAAAUAGCAGGCAUCCCGACAUCAAACAGGUUCAAUUUCAUAACCAAAAGUAGCAUCACUUCACCUGUAGUCAAGUACUCUAAGCUCAAAAAACUCUUCUCUGGUAAGAACUUUAUCAUUAGCACUCCACCAACUACUAAAGCUUCCACCACCAUCUCAAUGUGUGGAACUAGGCAACGGGUGGGAGCCAAUGGUGCAGAUGUGCCCAAAAACCAAAAGGGUGUUAGGAAUGAGAAUAAUAAUAAAGAUGUUGUUUGUGUAAGCAUUGAGAAUAUGGAUCCUCCUUUGCCUGUGAUGAAGCGAGUGCCCAAGUUGGAAGAAGAUAGUCUUUGGAAAAGGAGAUCAGGUACGGGUAGGCCUGCACUCAAAAGUUUACAUCUUCAACAGAUUCACCAUCCAAGGAUUUGUCUUCAGCCUCCUACUGUUUGA